CUCCCCUCUUCUCGCGCCUGCUGUUUGGGAGUCAUGUGAUUGCAGAUGGCUAAAUUUAUCAACAACUUCUAACGAUGAUACGAGAGUCUCAAAAUGCACGACGCUUUUGAGCAUGAUGCCAUCCUGGAUAAACUGCCUCUUGGCAUUGAAUCCAUUGCGUGUUACGACAAUGUUCUGCUGGUGGGAACAAAACAAGGCCACCUUCUCCAAUACAGGAUAACUCGAAAUCAGUCGGCUGAUUCCAAAAAGUAUCAUACUGAUCUUGAAAGGUCCCACAAAUCAUUUUCAAAGAAGCCUAUUACACAGGUUGUUGCUGUGCCUGAACAGUAUAUUUUAAUAAGUCUAUCAGACAAUGUCAUCAGUGUACAUGACCUCACAACCUUCAAUCUCAUCACCUGUGUCAAUAAGACCAAAGGAGCAACUUUGUUUGCUGUUGACUGUCAGCCCAGAGAAACAGAUUCUGGUGUAACUCAGUAUUAUCUUCGUAUGAGUGUGGCUUCCAAGAGGAAAAUACAGCUUUUUUACUGGAAGAACAGAGAGUUUCAUGAGCUUCUUAGUGAUCUGAGCCUUUAUGACUACCCACAUGCAAUGUGUUGGAGUAAAGAUUCUCUUUGUGUUGGCUUCAAGAGAGACUACUAUAUCAUAAAUGCAAUGACUGGAAACCUUAGAGAGCUCUUCCCACUUGGUAACAAUCAGCCUGAGCCACUUGUUGCUCGCCUCAAUGAUAACCGUUUGGUGCUUCAGCGAGACAAGAUGUCCAUUAUCAUUAACUCUGACGGGGAUCCUACUCAGCGUGAGCCCAUCAACUGGACAGAAAUUCCUUUAGCUAUUGAGCAUUUCCCUCCAUAUCUGGUGGCAGUCCUACCAAAGUACGUGGAGGUUCGAACCAUUGAACCUAAGCUUAUGAUCCAGAACCUACAGCUGGAUAAGGCUCGCCUCAUUUGCCAGGGAAGUGGUGUUAUGUAUGUGGCAUCUCAAAACAAUCUAUGGCGUCUGCAACCAUUCUCACCUUCUCAACAAAUUCGUGGAUUGCUGCAGAAUAAACAGUUUGAACUGGCCCUGAAACUAGCAGAGCAAGCUGAUGAACCUCCACAUGAAAAAGAGAAACGUAUAAGGAACAUCAACAACUUGCAUGCAUUCCACCUAUUCUGUCAGCACCGAUUUGAAGAGUCGCUUCCUCUUUUCUCAAUGCUUGGUACAGACCCUUCACACGUUAUAGGGUUAUACCCAGAUCUCCUGCCUCCUGACUACCGCAACAAGUUGGAGUACCCAGAAAAAGUGCCAGAAUUAGAGGGGCAGGAAAUGGAAAGAGGAAUCAUGGCACUUAUUGAGUACCUCACUCAGAAACGCAACGAGCUGAUGAAGAAGGAUGACAUAGUUACCACAGCUAUUGUGGAGGGCAACACAACCAUUAAAUCUAAAAAACAGCUUAGUCAAAUCAUAGACACAACUCUCCUCAAGUGUUACCUUCAGACAAAUGAAGCACUUGUUGCACCACUGCUGCGGCUAAAAGACAACAACUGCCACAUAGAGGAGAGUGAGAGAGUGUUAAAGAAAAAGGAGAAAUUCAGCGAGCUUGUCAUCUUGUAUGAAACCAAAGGGCUGCAUAAAAAAGCUCUGGCUUUGUUGAUGAAGCAGGCAGUGAGGCCCGAUUCUCCUAAAGGACAUGAAAGAACAGUGCUGUACCUACAACAUCUAGGGUCGGAACAUUUGGACAUCAUAUUCGAGUAUGCAGAGUGGGUUCUAAAAAAUCAUCCUGAAGACGGAAUUAAAAUCUUCACAGAGGAUUUGCCUGAAGUAGAGUCAUUGCCAAGACAGAAGGUUCUUGACUACCUGGAAAAAAUUAAUCCAUCUUUAGCUAUCCCAUACCUGGAGCAUAUAGUCAUGCACCUUAACGACGAAACACCAGAGUUUCACAACAGAUUGAUCCUUUUAUUACAAAAUCGAGUCCAAGUUCUCAUGGAUGCCUACAUCAAAUCUUUGCCUGAAGCAGGUAAUGAGCCUAAAAGGGCAGGAAAAGAAUCUGGUGAGCUUGGGGAAGUUCAUGCCAAACUUAUCAAGUUCCUGCACACAUCUAAACAUUAUGUUCCUGAGAGGCUUUUGACUGCCUUUCCACUUGAGGGCUUCCAUGAAGAACGUGCCAUCUUGUUGGGGAGACUGGGUAGGCAUGAACAGGCACUUACAAUAUACAUUCACAUCUUGAAGGACAACCAUCUGGCCGAACAGUACUGUGCAGAACACUAUGAUAAAGAAAAGGAGGAAAAUAAAGACGUGUACAUUUAUCUCCUAAAGAUGUACCUGCAGCCACCUGACAUGUCUAUGUUUGGAAUGGCACCAGGCAACGCAGUCACAACAAAACCCAAUGUCCCAGCUGCACUCAAGCUUCUUGAGGACCAUGCGCACAAAAUUGAUGUUGCCAAGGCUUUGGAACUUUUACCAAGCAACACGCCUAUCAAAGACAUCCUCACAUUCCUUGAAAAUGUACUAGAGAAUAUGGCUAGUGAAAAAAGGCAGUGUCGAAUUCUCAGGAACCUUUUGUAUGCUGAAAACCUCAAAGUGACAGAGGACAGAAUUCACCUACAGAAAGGCCGCAUCGACAUCACCGAGGACACUUUCUGCCCUGUCUGCAAGAAGAGGAUUGGAGAAAGUGCAUUCUACUACACGCCCAUGGGUGAGAUCUACCACUAUUCCUGCUACAACGCUGUUCCACGACAGAUCAAAUGACAGGCCGGGCGACUGGCACGCUGACCAACUCACUGAUGUCUGAGGAGGAGAACACACCACUGAGGUCCUCUGAACAGUUCGCUGAGAUGGAACAUGGAAAUACCUCUAAAACUCACAAAUCUAUCAGCUUGCGUCCCAUCCUUGGUUACAAACUUUCGCUAUUAAUAUGAACCAUGAAAGGUUUCAUUAUCAAACCUUACUACUCUCUCUCUCUGCAUAAAUAUUUUAAUGUCUAUGUAUAAAAUGAUAACAUGUUUGAGCGUUUUAUUUAUAUUGUUACCUGUCUCACCUUCGGGGUUUUUUUUUUCAAGAAGGAUGUGAUUGUUGUAAGUGUGGGUUAAGUUAACAGUAAAUUAAAAAAUAUGAUAGAUUACUUUGAUUAUUUAUCUGUAGAAUAAAUGAUUAGUUCAGCUUGUGAUUUUCGACAUGACAACAAAAUUGAUGCUGGGGGUAUACGGCGAGUGAUCAGGCUUGAUGUUAUCUAAGGGAUUGCUUCAUGCUUUAACUUUGAUUCUGCUCCACGAACAACAUUAUGUGAGCGUAUUGUUGAACGAAGUUCUUUACUUUAAAUAACGAAUCUAUUGAAUCUUCUAAAUGGGAGGGCAGCAUGCCAGUUUUUCAACACAUUGAGGUCUGCUACAUGGACACCAGCAAACCCAUUGCAGUGAAAAUAUGAAUAGAUGGUUGGUCCAGGACGGCGUCUUGUAGGGUAGUGAGGCUUAUCUGAGUUCUACACCAACGUAGCCAUCAGGAACUAUGCCUUGGACUGGUGCAUCUGGUUGCCUAGCAACUUGAUAUCGGCGAUGCACGAUGUUGCUCGGGAGAUCGGGUAAGGGGUUGUAUGAACCUCCACGCCAGACAGAAUUCUGGCACUGCUGCUUGCAAUCAUCAUGGCUGGAUCUCACCAGUGUCCCCAUAUUUGCCUUCUGCUGCUUGCCCUCCAAACUCUGGUCUGCGACUUCAUAUGCUCGCAUUGUACAGUGAUGACGUAGAUGUUUGCCAGUUGUGAGUAUGACUAUUGCGUGUGUGCGUGAGACCUAUGCUGUGAUUGGAUGACAUACUGCGGUGUCGGUUUGUUGACCUAAUCUGUGACUGGGUCAACGAGGCUUUGCACAUGGACAAUUUUAUUUUCUCCCGACGGUUUCAGUGUGCGAUUGGGGUGUGUGACACGAAGCAGGUCGAGUAAAAAGCUGAGCUUGUUAUACUGUUGCUUUAUUGUAGCUGACCCUAAAGCACACAAUCUGUGUGAACAUUUUCAUCGUAUAAGUUUAUACACUAUUUACAAAACAAAUAUUUCAUAUGCUGCGAUAAUGAUGUCGCCCGAAAUAUUUCAUUAAAAACUAAGUGGUUUCUAUUUUGUAACCUGUAUUGUUUGAAAAAGAAAUGGAUCAGUUGUGUGUGUAAACACAAGGUAAUGCAUAGUAACGAUUGUCAAGUUAGAUUUCAUUUCCGCUGUUGAAAAUGCUGAUUAUUCAGUUUAAAUGAAUCGAUGAUUGCAUUCUCCUCAUUGUUGGUAUGUUUGUUUGUGCUUUGAAUGAAUGAGUGCCCUUCCCCACUCCGGUCACACAACGGUUAGCGCCUGUCACCAAUACAGUGAAGUUGGCUGUCGUGGGUUCAACUCUCGUCUUGGACACUUUAUUCUUUAUCUGUAUGUAGCAUCUGUUUACAGCUGCCUUGCCGGAUAAUUAUUGCUUGUGUUGCUGGCUCGGCGUAAAACACCAUUUCCACCAACACCACAACCACCACCACCACCCCAGGUCUUUCUGUAAUAGGAGUAACGAUGUCCAUUGUCGGUUUGUGUGUGUGUGCGAGGGAGAGAUUCAGCACAUGCAUACCUAAUACUGUUUCAUUCCUUUGGGAACUUUCAAUGUGUGCUUUUAAAAAAAUAUUUUUGUCUGUUUUUGAUUUGUAUGACAUACGAUGAUGAAGAUUUCCUGUCGGUAAUGGCUUGUUUUAUGUGCAGUCCAUCGUCUCUCAAACGGAGGCCGCAUCUAAGUAAAAGGGAGGGAGUGAGAUAGUUUCGCCUAAACGAUGUAAAUAAAAGAUCAUUCAUCUGCUA